UCCCUCCUCCCCAUCCCUCCUCCCGCGCUGGCUCUCGCUGAUGCACCGAGCAGCAGGGAGAUGCUGCUGCUGAUGCUGGCGACCGACUGCAGCAUCUGACAUGGGCAUCCUUUAAUCCGGCCGCGCCACAAUAAUAUUCUCUCUCACCAUGUGGGGAAGAUCUAAGAUGCUAUUCCACUAAACCAGGACAAGAGAGAGAGGCAGCAAGACAAAAUCAGAUCUUCUUUUGAAUCUUCCAUCAUUUGGAUAAGGAAUAACUCUUUUUCUGCACUGCUGUACAUGAUUGUUUUCGCAAGAAAACAGUAAAAGAAAAAGAAAAAUUGAAACUACACACUCCUUUUCUUGUGAAAUUAUUUUCUUUGACUUCUGACCCUUGACAUUUAGUCCUCAGUAUGAGCAGUAUGGUAGGAAAGCUAGACCCUCGGAGGGUACAGUGGGGCGCAAAAUGGAACACCUUUGCGUCCCGUGUCCUGAGGACCAAACCUGUGGAGUCCAUGUUGGAUUCGGCCAUGACCGGCACUAGCUCACAUGGUACUAGGCUGGCCCGUGUGUUAUCUACAGUGGACCUGGUGUCCCUGGGUGUGGGUAGCUGCGUUGGGACAGGGAUGUAUGUGGUCUCGGGGCUGGUUGCCAAGGAGAUGGCCGGUCCGGGGGUCAUUGUGUCCUUCAUUAUUGCCGCUGUGGCCUCCAUAUUGUCAGGAGUGUGUUAUGCAGAGUUUGGCGUGCGGGUGCCUAAGACCACAGGUUCGGCCUACACAUACAGCUAUGUGACUGUGGGCGAGUGUGUGGCGUUUUUCAUUGGCUGGAACUUAAUUCUGGAGUAUCUGAUUGGCACGGCAGCGGGGGCGUCGGCCCUCAGCAGCAUGGCAGACUCACUGGCCAAUCACAGCAUCAGCAACUUUAUGAUUUCACACAUCGGAACUCUCAAUGGCUUGGGUAAAGGGGAGCAGUCAUACCCAGACCUGCUGGCGCUGCUGAUCGCACUGCUGGUGACAGUGAUAGUUGCUUUGGGAGUGAAGAACUCUGUGAGCUUCAACAACGUGCUGAACGUCAUCAACCUAAUAGUGUGGGUAUUCAUGAUGAUCGCCGGACUUUUCUUCGUCAAUGGAGAGAACUGGGACGAGGGGAGGUUCCUGCCCUUUGGCUGGUCGGGGGUGAUGCAGGGAGCAGCCACCUGUUUCUAUGCCUUCAUUGGAUUUGACAUCAUUGCUACAACAGGAGAGGAGGCCAAGAGUCCCAACACCUCCAUCCCCUAUGCCAUCACUGCCUCACUCAUCACCUGCCUCACUGCUUACGUCUCUGUUUCUGUGAUCCUGACUCUGAUGGUCCCGUAUAAUGAGAUUGACGCGGACGCCCCGCUCAUGGAGAUGUUUGCCAUGCAUGGCUGUAUGUUUGCAAAGUAUAUCGUCGCGGUGGGCUCCAUAGCCGGACUCACUGUAUCCCUCCUGGGGUCCCUGUUCCCCAUGCCCAGGGUCAUCUAUGCCAUGGCGGGGGACGGCCUGCUUUUUAAGUUCCUGGCCAAUGUAUCUUCCUACACAGAGACCCCUGCUGUUGCCUGUGUAGUGUCAGGCUUUCUGGCAGCCCUGCUGUCCCUCCUGGUCAGUCUCAGAGACCUCAUAGAGAUGAUGUCCAUAGGAACCCUGCUGGCCUAUACCCUGGUAAGCCUGUGUGUCCUACUGUUGCGUUACCAACCUGAGAGUGACAUCCACGGCUUUGUGAACUUCCUCUCUGAGGAGCAGAACAACAAGAGGAAGGAAGGCGUUCUGGCUGAGUGCGAAAAAGAUGCCUGUUCACCCACCAGCGAAGCAGAUGAGUAUGGAGAUCCGCCCACUAACACCUGUGGAGCCAAAAACCUGCCGUCACUGGGUGAUAACGAGAUGCUAAUAGGCAAACCAGAUAAAAACGCCUACACUGCAAGCCACCCAAACUAUGGCACAGUGGAUAUGACUACUGGCAUUGAAGCAGAAGAGUCCGAGGGCGGGAUGUCCCGGCGGUUGAAGAAGCUCAUUGGUCCACGCUACUACACCCUGAGGAUCCGAUUGGGUCUUCCGGGAAAGAUGGACAGGCCAACUCCAGCCACGGGGAAAACUGUCACUGUGUGUGUGCUGCUACUCUUCAUCAUCAUCUUCGCUUUCUGCUCUUUCAUCAUCUUUGGUUCGAGCACUAUUGGGGAGGGUCGCUGGUGGGCUUUGCUGCUAUUAAUUUUCUUCAUCAUCUUCAUUGCCCUGCUUAUCAUCAUCAUCCUCCAGCAGCCAGAGAACCCUAAGCGGCUGCCCUACAUGGCACCCUGUGUGCCCUUUGUACCUGCUUCAGCCAUGCUAGUCAACAUCUACCUCAUGCUUAAACUGUCUGCCAUCACCUGGAUACGAUUUUCAAUCUGGUGCCUCGUGGGUGUGCUCAUCUACUUUGGCUAUGGCAUGUGGAAUAGCACGCUGGAGAUCACGGCCAGAGAAAACGAGGUGCAUGCCUCCACCUACCAGCGUUAUGAUCAAGGUGUGGACGAAGGCUUCUGUGGCUUUGACGAUGAUUUCUACCCGCCUACUACUGACCCCUGGGUUGCACCAGCCGGGGGAUCAGGGAUCACCCCGCCCCCUGAGGCAAAAUCUGAAAGUGACGGGAUGCCAUUGAAAGGUGGGGGCAGGACCAUUGCCAAUCACGGCCUCGCGGAGGAGGAUCCAAUGGAUUUCUGAAGGGACUGACUCUGUUACCCUGAAUGUACUGCCUUGUCCGCUGCCUGGGGGAAGUGAGGGGAACUGUUGCGUGAGUGCAUGAAUGCUUGUGUGUGUGUGUGUGUGUGCUUGUGUAUAUCUCUGCAUGUGUGUGUGUGUGUAUUUGUUUGUGUGUAAAACCCUUGGGCUAGAUAGUUUCUUGGCAGUGGAAUGGCUUUUCAUUCACCUUACUCUAACACGCUUGGCUCCCCAGCUCACACAGCAAAUGUGGAUGUCAAGGUCAUGAGUGUCUAGUCACAGUCACUUGUUAUUCACUUACUAGAGUUCACAUCCCACAAAAAAAAAAUCCAGAUACAAAAAUGCAGACGUAGCAGGAGAUAAAAUAUAAUGUGUCUCACUGCACUGUGAACCAUGACACAUUGUGCAUUAAGCAAUCAGUUAACUGUUUAUAAGUAUGAAUUUACGGGAUACAGGAGAGGACAAGGUGAUGAGCGAGGAACAGAUGAAUAAGCACCUCUCUUCCUGUUUCAGCAUAGACAGACAGGAAAGUGAGAUGACAGAAUGCCAAGCCCAAGCUACAUCCUAUGUACAGGUCUGAAUUUCUCUGCUUGUUUUAUUUUCAACAGACAGGAAAACAUGCUCUCAAAAACACAUAACACUUUCUUUAAAAUCCAAAACUGCUUUCUGUCUGUCUUUAAAUAUUUCCCCUAGGCCCUAACAUCUAGCCCAAGGGAUUCAGAAUUAGACUGGGAAGAGGUUGUUGAUGUUCUCUGUCACAAAUAGUACUUGGACUUUGCUUGCAAUAGUGCCUUCAUCUACUGUAUGUGUAUGUGAGUUUCUGAUUAUGUCUGUUUUUCUACUAUAAUUUUGCCUGUGUAUGUGUCAGGGUGUAUGUGCAAUCAAACUCCACCUUUUACAUUGAUUCUCAUGUCUGUGUAUGUAGAUAUAAAGUGUGUUCUUCAGGUUGUUCUACUGUGUACGUGUAGGUAUUUGUUUUGUUUUGUUCCUCCCACUCCUUGCCCCAGCAUGAACCUCAAUAUCAGUCCACCCGCAACAAAGCAGCUCUAGGUGCAAUAUAACACAUGCUUGACAGCUCAUCGGUGUACCUAAAAAUGAGGAGAGAGAAUAGAAGGUGUAACAGAGGGAGAGAACAGGUUGAAUCCUAAUUGACAACCUGCAUGGUUUAUUGUGAUAAAUGUUAUUCGUGUUAAGGAAUACAUUUUCAGUUCAUUUGAUUUAGCAAAUGGAUUUCCCACAUAGUUAUGGCCUAUGUCCUAGAGACAAAAACUAAUUAGGGAUUGUACAAAAAUUAUGUUUGAUUGAGGGUGGUCAUUAAUUUUUUCUUUGCAGAUAAAUUUUAAGAUAUAAACAAGAUCAAAUACAAAAAUAAUGAAAAUUCCAUUAACAUAUUCAGGUUGAAUGUUAUGGUUAUGGUCCACCAUCUUAAAUGAUUCAUGCUUUACCGGUUUCAGUUAUUAACAAUUAAUCGAAUUGUACCAAUACUGUUACAUUAGAGAUAUAUUAGAGGAAAGGUUUUUUUUAUUAAAGUCAAGGGAAAGGUCCAAAUUAAAUGUUAAUAAUGCUGUGGAGGAUCUUGCUUUUUUAAGAAGAAUUUAUUUUGUUUUAUACCCCCUCCACACACCAAUAAUUUUCAUACAGUCCCUACCUGAAAAGGAUUGUGAUGUAAAUAAGUUCGAGUUUUACUUUUACAUUGAGUUAAUUGAAAUUGAAUCCUGCCUCUUUCAUUACUCUCCCUUGCUUUUUACUCCUAUCCCUCUGUUCUUCUGUGCAUUGUUUUUUCCUCUUCUUCCAUCAAUCCUUUGCUCUUCCAGCCCAACUCCUCCUUUAUCUAUCUGCCACCUCACCCUGCUCUUGAUAUUCCUCAGGCCAUGUCAUCAGGGAGUUGCCACUCUAAGUUACAAGUGAUAGAGCCAGGAUUAGUUUUCAGUCUGGAUUUGAAACAGCAAUCUGUUCUGCAUUAGCUCCUGUUUCAACUCAGGAUGUCUGCUAUUGCUAUUCUGAUUUGUCACUGGAGCAUUUACUUCUCUCUCUGUGGUUCUGCUCCAACCCAGGCCCGCACUGGUCUGAGUGAACCACCCUGCUGCCCCUACCUCUUCAGUUUUUUUAUGCAUGUAGCUAGUGUUGAAGGCCCACUCUUUACAUAGUACCUACACUGUUGCUGCACCCCGAUAAGACUUCUACAAUAGUUGCUGCUUUAUGCCCUGAUUGUCGUCUUUAUACCAUUUCCUCUUGCCCCCUGUUGCUGCAUCAGUCCCUUCCAGGGAAGCCUUAUUUGUCUAAUGCACUAAAUCUAAGGAUGCCACGCUAAACCCCCACCCUACCUCUGCUCUCCUCACAUCUAUCCACAGUCAAAAAAAAAGUUUCCUUCAUGUAGUAAUAGGCCCCUUGGUGUCAUUUGUGAAAUUAUUGUCUAUCCUAAAAAACAGCCCAGUAUCCUGACAAAAUUACACUCAUAUUGGAUAAUUCUGCAGCCUGUCAAUGCAGGGAGUAGUGUGCCCUUUCAGUAGUGUAGUGGAACAUAAGGGUUUUGAGGAUAGGGAUGUGGAUGGGUGUGACACGUCUGACUUUCAUACAGAGACUGCAGUGCCUAUCUAACACCAACCAUGACUGUAGUAACAUAAAACACUGAUGUCAUGUCCUCUUUAUUUUUUUCUGGAAAUUCUGGGGGGCAUAGUGACUUAAGGAGUGUGCAUUCAACAAUUGAAAGUUGCACAUAGUGUAUAUUUUACAAGCUGAUUCCAGUAUUUCUAAAUGCAAGCUUUGACUACCUUUAGGCCAAUGAAAAUGAAUAAAUAAUUAAUUCAGUAUUUCCCCAUCAAAAUCGUCCCCCUGACUGUGUGGAGGCUUUGAAAUAGCCAUAAGACCGUCAUGUAGUAAAUUAAAAAUGUACAAAAAAAAGACUUUAUUUUUGGGGUUGCGGUGCAGUCAGUAUCGUUAAAAUUUUUUCUUUUCUUUUUUUACCGUAACCAUGACCUUUUUCUCUACCAAAUUAAAUUAAGUUUAAAAAAAUAAUUUUAGCCUAACCUUAACCACAGUUCAGUCAGCUGACUCAUGUGGAAGAAGAGAUUAUUAUGUGAAUGUAGGACAUGUGGGACCUGUAGGCUCCUCUCUCCUCCCUCCUCUUCCUCCUCCACAAGGAAACAACAAGCUCCGCAUAGCAGGGAGUGGGUAGCAAUCAUAAUAACCAUAAUAUGGCAUAAACCACAUUGUAGGUGCUCUGCGUGGAUGUUGAAAUUUGUUGGGAUUGAACUGAAUCUGAGGUUUUGCAGAAUUGUCCAAUAUCAAGUUUCUGUUUGGUGAUAGGGUUGGAAAAAAAGCUGCACAUCCUGAAACAUUUGCACAUAUAUCAAACACAAAUCCAAACAUAUGUUCCAUGAUAUUACUAUUGAGCCAAAAUACCUUUCCCACCCAGAUCGACUCUCAGCUCAGCCAAAAGAAUCCAGCUGCUUUGCAAUUAUAGUUCAGCCAAAACAAGACAGUGAAUUCAGGCGUUGCCAUGCCUCUGACAAUGGACUGUACAGUCAACUUACUAUAUUAUCUGCUCUGUGUGUAUGCAUACGAAUGUGCGAGAGCAUGUACAGUAUGUGUGUACGUAUGUGUGUUUGUGGUCUACGCCUGCGCCUCAAUGUGACCGUCUGGUGAAUGUGUAGCAUGCUGUCAUGCACGAGGCACAGGCUGUAAAUGUUGUACUUGCAUGUGGUGACUGAUCGCAACGAGACAUAAUAGAACACAUAAUCAAAACAAAUGCAGGCUUAGUUCUUAUACCUGGGAACAUUGCCCCCUGUGCUCUGAGACGAUUUAACAGGCACAUUACUAGUGAAUCAAAAACCUCAUUGUUCAGGACCCUUACCAGUGAAUUAAACUGAAAGGUGUUGUAUUCAUUGCACUCCAACCCAAGCCUUUAUUAUACUCUAUUAUCUCCUUCCCCAGGUAUAGGAACCAGGGCUCCAUUUGUAAAGGGAGUAGAACAUGUAGCAAACACAUGGGUGUUGGGGUGAUACCUCUCACAUCCUUCCUCAACCACUUACAGUAUGCCUAAUUCUUGUAUAUCCUUUUUCUCAACCACACCCUCUGCAAGCCAAAGUCCACAAUGUUUGUUUACUUUUCACAUACAGAAGUUUCUUCAAAGUGAACACUUACAAAGAGAGCUAAUGAUUUUACUUUGGGGAUCUGCUAAUAAGCUACUAAUGUCAGUUUACCCCAAGAAGACAGAUUUUGUUUUCUCACAGUGAAGUAUUUCAUUGAAAGAUUGAAAGUAUUGGUCUAGACUCCAUUGACUACAGCAGAUCCAUUUGUGCAGCAUGGACAAGAAGCUGUGAAAAAGUACAACACUGAAGGAAAAGUCAACUAAAAGUAUUUUUCUACAGCUGUCUCCAAUCUGCAUAUCCUCCUGGGUUAUGUGUACACAAAAAAAACGGGUGGUGUUAUCAGCCUUCACGUUCUGUGUUUUUGUUUAAUUACAAGGAGGCCUGGGAGAAACUGCUAAAAAUAUAUUUUUAACAGCCGUAAUCUCUAUAGGAUGAUAAAGCUAAUUUUUAAACCUUAAUCCUUUCCUUUGAAGGGUUUUAAAAUGGUUGUUCUAAACGUUGAUAGAACCUUAGAAGGUUUAGGAGUAAGAGUUCUACAGAAAACACGCUGAAACUAUUUUAAUAAAAUUCUAUAAGGGGUGAACUACGAGCAUAAUGAAAUAUUGCCACUAUUCCUUUAAGGUCAGCUACUAUUUGUUUAUUUUGUCUCGGAGAAGGCGUGCAAUGAUAUUCUUGUGCUCUGUGUUCGCCGUGGCCAAGUGUCUAGUCAGUGUGUGUCUGACUUAUUGAGAUUGGCUUCUCUCGCAACAUCUAGAUAUUCUGUUUCUCUUCUGUAUAUUUUGGCACAAAACUGUAUAAUGUAGUUGUUUUUUUAUGUUAACUUUUCAAUGGUUUCUUCCAUAUGUGUGGUUAUUUUGCUCCUGGGUGCACUGUUUUUGCUGAGUUGUUGAUAUUGCUUCCAUGCAACAAUGAAAGUUCUUUAUUGCAAAUACUAAAAA